AUGCAAAGUCUCUUCCGCUCCGCAAAGUCCUUCCGGCCCCUCUUUCUUCGUCCAACUCCAUCUCUCCACCGCCAAGGCGUCGAGUCAUUAGAAUCAUUCCAGCCGCUGUAUGAACGCAAGCCCCCAUGGUGGACGCGCUGGACCUACUUGCUGGUAGGCGCAGACCUUGUCGUGACAUUCUCGGCAUGUGAAUUGACUUGGAAUCACUGGUCACGCUGGGAGCCAUUGUCGGAGGCGUCGAAAUCGCCCUCUCCGGCCACGGUUGCAACGAAUGCGAGUGCCUUGGAUGCAGAUACCAAGGAGACGAAGGGCCACUACGCUUUGCGUCCAUGGUGGCAGAGAGCACCCUUUGCUGGCGGGCAAUUUUUUCUCGGUGUCGCGGUCGGCGUGCUAAUUCUUGUCAGUCGCUCGCGUGUCAUCCGCAAACUGUACAUCCUUCCGCCUUCGAACCAGUCUGGAGCUUUACCUUCCCAAGGAUCCUCGGCUGUUGUAUCCUCCCACGAUCGUCGUGUCCUGAUUCAAUCCGUGCACCACUUCCGCAACCAAGGCAAGCUGUUCCCAAUGCAAGAUUGCGCACUAGAGAGAGGCCAUGACGACGCUGAAAUCAUCCUCCGGAUUAACAAUGUCAGAGGUCAACAUUGGUUUGGGCUACAAAACUCUACUGUGAAUGGCCAAACGCUGCCAGUAUGGCAAGCGCGGGACGAGAUUUUCAAGACCUGGUAUGGCGACGAGCAGGGCAAGAAGAUGAGGAUGGAGGAGCGGUGGAAGAGUGGGCCGGUGCUGAAUAAAGACACAUAG